AAAAGGUAUCCUUUGUCAACAAAUUUGCAAAAAUGUCAAUAAAAAUCAUGUAAUUUCCUUAAAUAUAAUAUACUAAAAUUUUCAGUGAAAAAAUGGAACAGAAGCGAUCGAAUAAUGGGGUUCCGCAGGACUCCAAGUGCAACUCAAAAUGUGAACUGCCAACAAUCAGAAAUAAAACUUCGACGUCAAUGAACCACAGCUGCUGGGAGGGCCACAAGAACGAACAAAAAUUUUUAGAGGCACUGGUUAAUUUUAUGGUGGAAUCGUGGGCUGUGGUGUGUCAGAUAAGAGAAAAAUAUGGAUUAGCUGCAGAAUAUCAAUUGAGUUCGACUGAAAUCAGCAGAAGAAUUGAUGACGUUUCAAAAAAAUUAGAGCUAAAGUUAAAUGAAGUCCAGAUGCUGGAAAGGCAAAAAACCAGCUUAUUAAGUAAAUCUGUGGCAUCGUCAGUUGCUAUUAAACCAGGACAGCGCCCUCCACAACGUAUACAACCAGUAUUUUCAAAUGCUGGUAUGAAUAGAACGCCUUCAAGAAGUUGUCUCGCGGUAGGCCGAAAAUUACAAUUUUCAGGAAGUCCUCAAAAAACGCCUUCUUUUUCAAGUUCUCUUAAUGAUCCUUGUCCUCCUUCCUGUCAUUUUAAGGACGCUACUGGCAAUUUCACAAAUAUUAGUUCUAACUAUACCUUUCAAAAUUGAAGCUAUUAUAAUGUAAUGCUGUAAGAAAUAAUUAAAAGAUCUUGUGCUGUGGAACCUCGGUUAUUAUUGAAAUCUGUUAUAAUCAUUAUAAUGAAAAAUUGUAAAAAAAAUGAUUAUAUGAUUAAAAUGAUUAUAUAAAAAAAUGAUAAGAAAA